CAAUCGUAUUCUACAGACCACCAGAAUAGAGAUUAUUUAAAGGAACUAAAGAAAUCCCUACGUCGUGCGUCGGAUUCCCACUUUGACCAGAUUUUGUUAUGCGGGGACCUUAAUUUACCAAACAUAGACUGGUCUAACGGCACAGCGAUUUCUGGUGAUUCUUUACACAAUGUUUUUGCUAAGAUGCUUAAAGAUAACUUCAUGUGGCAAAUGGUGGACUUUCCCACAAGAGGGAAUAAUAUUCUGUAUCUCAUAUGUACAACUAUCCCAGACAAGGUAACUAAUAUUAUUGGCUUUGAUGGUAUUUUGUCUACGGAUCAUAAAUUGAUAAGUUUUGAUUUGAAUCUAUGGAUAUCACGAAAACCUAAAAUUAAACGAGUUGUCUAUAAUUUCAAAAAGGGGGAUUGGGACGGGCUAAAUGAAACACUCUGCCAUAUCCCAUGGGACAUGUGCUUUGUUCCCAACGAUAUUGAUUCAUCCUGUUCGAACUGGUGUGAUCUUUUUACAUUGGCAAUUGAUGCACACAUUCCUAAAUGUCUGAUUAAAAAUGUGCAUAAUCACCCAUGGAUCGAUACUGACCUUUUGUCUCUGUUAAGACAAAAGAAUAUCAUGAGGAAGAAAGCAAACAAAACGGGCUCAGUUAAUGACACUAUUAAGUUCCAAAAUUUAAGGAAAUCAAUAAAACAAUUGAUUAGAAAGAAGAAAAAAGAGCAUGCUUGUAAGCUUAAAGAAUCCAUUGUUGAGAAUCCCAAGCGCUUUUGGUCAUUCGUAAAGUCAUCUACACGAGAUUCCGCUUCGCCUCACUUCCUUCGCGAUGGUCAAGUAUUCAUCAUUGAUCGGGCUGCUAAAGCUAACAAAUUAAAUUGUUUUUUUCACUCUGUAUUCUCUCCUAAAGAAAACUUUAUCCAACAAUUGAAUACAGAAUCUACUUCUUCGACAUUUACCCAACUGACUGAAAUCCAACUGACUAUAUCUGAAGUCGUAAAAAUUUUAAAGGGCUUAGAUCCAAACAAAGCGUGUGGUCCGGACAAUAUUCCCGGUAUGUUGUUGGUAAAAACAGCCAAUGCUAUUGCCCCAUCACUCUGUCGGCUUUUUAACCAAUCCUUAUCAGAAGGCUAUGUUCCUUUAUCUUGGAAGAGCGCAAACAUCACACCUGUGCAUAAGAAAGAUGAUCCAACUCUAGCAAUGAAUUAUAGACCAAUUUCAUUGCUAUGUAUCAUUUCCAAGGUUUUGGAGCGUCGCAUUUUUAAUCAUUGCUUUCCAUUUUUUAAAUCUCAUAUACAUAACCUUCAACAUGGAUUUAUCCAAGGUCGAUCAACAGUGACCCAGUUAUUGACAGUCUAUCAUGAUAUGUUGGAUACUUUAGCGAGCGGUCAGGAGGUGGACGUUAUACACCUGGAUUUUUCAAAGGCCUUUGAUAAAGUGUCGCACAACCUAUUAUUGAACAAACUUAACGGUCAUGGAAUCGGAGGUCCUCUCUUGCAAUGGUUUGACAGCUAUCUUUCUCACAGGUGUCAACGUGUAAUGCUGGAGGGUGAAUUCUCAGACUGGCU